ACCAACUCACCUUUAGGCGACUCUCCUCGUACAGUAUCCGCCGAUCAUCAGCGACUCAAAAUGGCUUUCAAUAUUGUGCAAUCUCACACUGGAGCCGAGCUGGGACCGGAGUUAUCCGAUGUCUUUACAGAUGAAGUCGGCUUCAAGGGCCUCUCUGGCGAUGCGAACAUUCGGUUCCUACCCACCCCUUGGUCCGAAGACUCCCUUCCCUCCCCGACCUCUUCUCUCCUAGCUGUCGCUCAGACUCAAGGACUGGUUGUUGGCGCCGGCCCUGACGCGCUUGUGAUCGCAAGCACCGAGUCAGUCAGAAAGGCCAUCCAGGUACCGGCAGGAGAGGAUCAACAAAAAACGAAGCCGUUUCAGCCGCAAGCUACUAUCCCUCUUCCCGCGCGGCCUACACAUGUGGCUUUUACCGCGAAUGACGAUGCUUUGAUCCUGGCCACAGAAAAUGGCUCCCAAUUAUCCGUUUUCAAGACCUCAGACAUUGUGCAAGGGAAUGCGCAGCCGGCCAUAUCUAUUCCUACCAACGGCGCAUCGAUUCGGGCACUUGCGCCGAACCCAGACCCAAACUCUACUCUUGUUGCUCUCGUCACUGCCAAUGGCGAGCUGUUGGUCGCGGACCUGAAAGCUGGAAACCUAGUUUCAGGCGCCAACGGUCCAUUACUGAGAAAUGGAGUUAGCAGCGUUGCGUGGAGCAACAAGGGGAAGCAACUCGUGGCUGGUUUGGUGGAUGGAACGGCGGACCAGAUGACCCCCGAUGGAACAUCGAAGGCAACAGUUCCUCGUCCAUCCGAUUUGGAGGGCGAUUGUCAUGUUUCCUCUGUCGCAUGGCUUGAGAACGACGUGUUUUUCAUGGUCUACACCCCGAGUGCUACUGACGAUGGCAAUGGACAGAACCCGCCAUCAUUUUACUACAUAAUUACGAGACGAAAGCAAGCACCUUUCCUCAUUCAGAAACUCCCCGAAAUUUGCUCCACCAUGGGCUUCGGGAUGAAGCGCUCACCUGCAUACAAUUUCACUGUCCGACUGCGAGACUAUAAACCUGCUUUGAAGGACGUCUUGAUCGUCUCGUCUACUGCAUCUGCCGAUGUUGGCCUUAUAACCCGGUCUGAACAGCCCCUUGCCAGUGACGACACUUCCAAGGCACUUGUUGGCCAAUUUACAACCACAGAAGUUAAUGAUGAUGCCAAAAGAGCUUCUGUCCCAUUGAAGGAUUCUGUCGACGAAACUUCUGUGAUUGGUCUUGCUGCAGACCUUUCUUGUAGUGAGAAUGUCAAUUCACCCAUCGCGGGUGAGGAAAUUCCAGAAAGCUCAACCCCUCUCCCUGGGCUUCUUCUUCUCAACAAUGACGGCAUGCUUUCCCACUGGUGGUUCAUUUACUCUGAUGCUAUUCGUCAGAAAAUUCCGUAUGCUGGUCUAGUUUCAGGUGCUCAGACAACACCGGCAACCUCUCAAAUUCAACCCCCUGCUGUUACCCCUGCCCCGGCACAGCAGCAAUCCGCCUUUGGACAAUCUUCGUUUGGCACUUCAUCGGCUAUGGGCUCAUCUACCUUCGGUAACCAAGCAGGCGGUGCUGGCGGUACAUCCUUUGGAAGCCCAUCCGCCAUGGGGUCGUCUACCAUGGGCGCAACGGCAUUUGGGAAGCCAUCGUUUGGUACCCCGUCUCAAAUGACUGGGGGGUCAACCCCAGCCUUUGGCAAGCCAUCGUUCGGAACUCCUUCUCAGCCUGGUAUUGGAUUUGGCUCUGUGAGUACACCGGGUCAGGCGCAGUUCGGCAAGCCUGGAUUCGGUGCCACAGGUGCCGCGGCGUCUCCUUUCGGACAGCCCAGCACCCCCGGGAAGUCACUCCUCGGAACGGGGGCUGGCACUGCUGGAGGCGGUUUCAGCGCAUUCUCUGGUGGUGGCGGUGGAGGAUUUAGUAGUUUGGCUGCAUCCAAAUCCACUGAGUCGCCGUUUGGUAAGCCUGCGGGACAGAGUGCCUUUGCCGCUACGCCAACGUCUUCGCCGUUUGGAGCCAAGCCACAAACCGACACAGCUUUCCUUCCCUCUUCCAAAGAGGUGAAGAAUCCCUUUGGUGGUGGUGCUUCGGGCUUCACGCUUGGUUCCUCCUUUAAACCCGAUGGCACGGCUGCUACCGAUUUACCCAAGUCUGACACCAAGUCUUCGGGAGCGUUCUCCUUUGGUGGAUCUUUCGAUGAUAUGGUCUCAUCAUCCGAUAAGACAAGCCCCCAGGCAGAGUCCAUGGACGACGUUGAGGAUUCUACUGUUGAAGCCCCUGCGCCGCCGGUAAAGACUGAACCGAAGACUAUUUUCGGCAAGCCAGCUCCCUCAGCUCCCACUAUGUUUGGGAAGCCGACGCCGGCCACAACAUCGCCCUUUGGGAAGCCGGCGACGUCCACAACGUCCCCGUUCGGAAACCCACCGUCCACCACAUCGCCAUUCGGGAAGCCAACGUCUACCACCUCGCCAUUCGGCAAACCGACGUCUACAGCAUCUCCAUUUGCAAAGACGGAAAGUAAAACUUCGUCGCCAUUUGGCAAUGCAGCCGCCAACGCUCCAUCGCUAUUUGGUAAGCCGACGUCUGAGCCUGCACCGAAGCCUACCAGCCCCGUCGAGACGAAGAAGCCGAGUUUCUCCUUGUUUGGAAACAAUACAUCCACUCAGAACACCACUCAGUUGUCCUCUCAAACAGAAAUAACAAGCCCUCUUUCUGCGCCUUCUGACAAGACCGCGACACCGAAGAGAGAGCAGUCUGUUUCUACACCUACUUUCUCCUCGUCCUUUGAUGCGCCCCUACCUCCUGAUCCUACCAGCAGGGAUAGUUACGGCCCAGGCGACACAUCGGCGUCCUCCAAUGUUUCUAAGAGCUCCAUUGAUGAUGCACCACUCCCACCCGAUUUCACUGUUUCAAAGAAACUCCCCCAGAAAGACGAUGUGGCCGAUGCACCACUUCCACCGGAUUUCCUGACUCAAAAGAAAUCCCAGAAAGUUGAUGUCAGUGAUGCACCACUCCCACCGGACUUCCUUUCCCAGAAAAAGCCUUCUCCCAAGGCUGAGGAAGCCCCGCUUCCUCCAGACUUUUUGAGCAAGCCCAAAAAGGCCGAUGACAAGCCGUCUGUUCCUGAGGAUGCCCCAUUACCCCCAGACUUCAUGAAAUUGAAGCCUAAAUUUGGCUCCGCGGAGGAGACUGUGCCCGUUCCGGAUGAGUCGGAAGCAGAAUCAGAUGUCGUAUCAGAGGCAGAAUCAGAGGCAGAAUCAGAGGCAGAAUCAGAGGCAGAAUCAGAGGCAGAAUCAGGGGAGGGAGAAUCAGGGGAGGGAGAAUCAGAGGACGAUGCCGAAUUAGAUGCAGAGGAAUCGGACUUCACGGAUAGUGGUGAAGAAAUCACGCACGACGAGACAGAAAUGCCAAGUCCUAAACACUCAGCACAGAGUUCUUUCGGAGGAUUUUCCGACAAAAGCUCCCUCACUGGAGGCCUCUUCGGAGGAGGGUUCUCAAAGGCUGCCCCGAAACAAGCACAGCCUAAAAGUACACUGUUUGGAGAAAUUCCGAAGCAACCUCUUCUUCCACCCCCUGGGCGCGCCGCUCCAAAUACUCGUGAGCCUUAUCGAUCGCCAAGCCCUACCCGUGCCAAGCCGCAGAAGAGCACUUUGUUCAAAAACCGAAGUGAGAAGCCAGCUGGAAGCGCCUUGCAUGCCCGCAAGACUUCCUUGACCCAGUUCGCUCAACGCCGUGGUGAACAUUCGAGAAAGGCCAGUGAUAUUGCCCAAGAGGAGCAGCUUCGCAAACAGCAGGCUGUGCAACAACGCCAUGAAGAAGAGGAGGCCUUGUCUCUUUCUGAAGAUGAUGAGGACGAGAGACUUCGUGCGGAUCUUUCUCGGCCAAUUGAACCUGCGUCUACACUUGAUCCAUUCCUCCCACACCAAAAUUAUAUGGGUGAGACGGCCAAGCCGGGUAUUCCAGGCAUGAUCGAACGACUUUACCGCGAUAUCAAUUCUAUGGUUGAUACAUUGGGUAUCAAUUCUCGAUCCAUGGAAUCCUAUCUCUUAUAUCAACAAAGCUCCCAAGCCCUAGGUGUUGACAAAUUAGUGGAUAUUCUGCAAAGCGACCAGCCCGCCGAUAUUCUGGAUCAAAAGCUGUUUUUGCAAGAUAUUAAUAAACUUGACGAGAUUGUCGCUUCCCUUGUUCGCUAUCUCAGUGAGCGGCGUGUGCAAGGAGUGGAGGAGAAGCUUGACCAAUGUCGUGAGCUACUGGCCAAAGAUAUUGUCACCCUUCGUGGACAAUGCGCCAGUAUUCGUAAGACUUUAGACGCACACACAGACACUGGUGCCAUCCUCGCUGCACCACUCUCUGCGGAACACGCUACCCUGCAGCACGAUCUGCGAACAACCUUCACAGACAUUCAGAGCAAGAUGGCAGAUCUGGAGCAGGGCGUUUCUUUGUUGCGAGCCAAGAUUGCUGAUAUUCCCCGUGCCAACAACAACGCACGGCAGUCGAAGCGACCAACGGUGGAAGCUGUUACUAAGACCAUCGCCACUAUGAUGAGCAUGGCUGAGAACAAGAGCAGUGACAUCGAUGUCCUAGAGGCUCAGAUGCGGAAUCUCGGUAUUGACUUAACCACUGCUGGCACCAGCAGCCGUGAGGGAUCGCCCUUUACUACCCCCCGCAAGAAUACCGUUCGAUUCCCCAAUACGCCUGGCUCGGGCUCAAUCGAUAACAGCGCCUAUCACACCCCUGAGUCUGCUUCUCGCGGUGUCAAUUUCCGCACCAGCAUCAAUGGCUCUGCGAGACACAGCCGUCUUCGCAGCGUUGAAAGCUUCGCUCCUGUGCUUGUCCAGGAAGAGAGUGCUCGCUGGAAGGUGAAGACACAACGGCGUCAACAGCUUGUUGGUAACCUGAAGGCGGCCAUUGAAAAGAAAGAGAUCAAAGUCCGAGGCGUGGAUGACCUUUAG